UAUAAUCAUAUAUAUAUAUAUAUAAUCAUAUAUAUAUAUAUAUAUAUAUAUAUAUAUAUAUAUAUAUAUAUAUAUAUAUAUAUGUAUCUAAAGUGUGUCUGUAUAGUCAUAAUAUUUACAGACGGCUCCAUGCACAAUAAAAGAUUUAUAAUUCUUAACUGUCUUGAAAAUGUUUUCCUGAAUGUUGAAAUGUCGUUUUAACUCUCAGUGGCGGUGUUUUAUAUUUCAAGUAGUUGUCAUUCAAAAAUUGUGUAGUGUUAUUAAGAUUUGGUGACAAAAGACGUAUUUUGAAGUAUUACAAUGAAGGUGUGGAUUAACUAUUUUGUUUUUAUGAAGCUUUUUCUGUAACACAAUUAUUUUUUUGGCGUUACUUUCGAACUUAACAAAGCACAGUAACAGUGCAGUGCUCAUGAGACAAGAGUCUUAAAUCCACACGUAUCCAACAUAUUUAAAAGUUGCAUAACAGUUUGGGGUUGUCCUGUAUUUCUGUGAAGUAUUGGGGUGACUUGUUCCUAAAGAGGUGUCUUGCAGUAAUUGUAGCUACACCAACACGUCUACUGUGUUUGGAUAUUAAACGAACACAUACCGCCGUUGAAAGAUCAAAUCAAAAUUAAUUUCAUUAUUAUAAUUUUUAUUUCAUUCUACGAACUAGUAACAAUAUUUAUCCCAAAUUUCAAAUAAGAAAUUUGUUUAUAUUUGCAUUUAUUUGCAGGAAAGUGGAAAAUCUGUUCAAAAUAACGAAAAUAACUUUUCAGACCUCAAAUGCAAAGAAAACAAGUUCAUAUACACUUCACAGUAAUAUUUCUACGUGUAAAGCUGGAUUUUAUCACAGUUUUCAUAUGUCUUGUAAUGCUAUCAUGCUGUUGGAUGACUUUGAGGUUGAAAUUCAACAGACACAGGACUGGAAUGGCCACAAUACAUCUAGAAAUGCUGAUAAAAUUCAAAUUUGAAAUGGUCUCUUAAUUUUUUUCCACGGCUGUAAAUUUGAGUCCUUACAGAUCCACACAUAGGACGGUUCCUUCGGUUUUGUACAGAUGUUUUUCAUGCACAAGGCAAAAGUUUAAAUACACUAGAUAAGACAAAUGAGAGGGUGUCCUUCUAGUUCUCUUUGGUCAACAGAGACUCGAGGUGCAUAUGCAUCCGUGAUCCGUCAAAUAUAUCAAUGAAAAGUCUAAAAUGAAAGUCUAGCGCAACCUCUGCUCAUCUGUCUGUAAAGGGACAUUAAAGCAUUAACCCUACUGCAAGGACAGUAAGGAGCAUAAAGAAACCUCAUGUAAAAUAAUGGAAUACAUUUUCUUUCAUCAUCAGCCACUAUAUAUUGUGGAAGACAAAGAUUUUCUGUGAAAAUGUUCAAUUGUCAAUUCAUGAAAAUGUCUCUUCUCUUAAUUUGAACUUUAUAAAUAAUGCUACUGAGAAAGCUUCAAAUAGCUAUUGUAAUCGGCUAUCGGUAUCGGUCGAUACAGCUUUCAGUGAUCGAGGAUCGGUGACCGGCACUAAGAAUACUGAUUGGAGCAUCCCUAGUCAAAAGAGUUCACCCUUACAUCUCUCCGAAUAGAAGAUAUGACUAUAUUUAAAACGUUACGAAACGUUUGAUAAGAAAAGCAAAAUCUUAAAAUCAAGCCAUCAUUUCAGCCAGAAAUUGGUAAAUCUGAUCAUAGAUACUGUAUAUAUACAUAGACGCUCAUUAGAUGUAGUUUCUGUGGGCUAGUAUACGCACAGUAAAUCAUCUAGCAUACUGAAACAGUUUAUUGAAACGGUCAACACAUUCUCACCGGUGGUAAUAUAAAUCUCACAUUAAAAUGUCUCAUUUAAAUAAACUGCAAUUACAAACUAACACGUGCCGUUCCAAAUCGGUGAAUUUGGUGGUAUGUCUGGAGUGGUCGAAUGUGGCAUCUAUGUAUACAUCUCUAUGCAUCAGACACACAACCCUGUAAAUGUAAAUGUCUCUGCUAAUUUAACUGGGAUAUAAUAUACUUAAACACAAAAAAAGAAACCAAAUUUGGACAACUAUGUUGAGCUGUAACACAAAGUAUAUUGUGUAAACGUCUAAUGAUGUAAUUACAUGAAUCAAGAGCUCUGUGUUCAUUCAAAUGAACAUGAAAAGCUCCACCUCUUGGUACUGUCAUGUCCUUGUAAGUCUACGCUGUCUCCACCUCUUGUGAUCUCACUAUUUAAUUAAGAUUUGGACAAAGUGAUGUUUUGCACGCACACAGUGGAUGGUGUCAUCUUUGAGCACGAUAUCCACAAGCCCAAUUCCUCUCAUCCCUUCAAGCACACAGCCUUGUAUUGCAAACAGAUCUUUUCAUCCUCAUCGUCUUGUAGAGAUCUUUAAUUUUUGAAUCCCUCCCACCAAGCAACUCGCGAUAUUGAUCAACAUGGAUGAGUUUAUGGAUGACCACCAUUGGGAAGACUCUCUGUUCCCGACUUCCACCCUCAUCCCGGUCACCAUCAUUUGCCUACUCCUUUUCAUCGUCGGUGUGACCGGCAACACCAUGACCAUCCUCCUCAUCCAGCGCUUCAAGGACAUGAAGACCACCACCAACCUGUACCUCUCCAGCAUGGCCGUAUCAGACCUGGUCAUCUUCCUCACCCUCCCCUUUGACCUGUACCGCCUCUGGAAGUACGUCCCCUGGGUCUUCGGCGAGCUGGUUUGUCGUCUGUCGCACUACCUCCACGAGGGUUGCACUAACGCUACCAUCCUCCACAUAACUGUACUGAGCAUGGAGCGUUACCUGGCCAUCUGCUUCCCUUUUAAAGCCAAGGCUGCCAUCAGCAAACGUAGGGUCAAGUAUGUCAUUCUGGCACUGUGGGGCUUCGCCUUGCUAUCUGCCUCUCCGAUGUUCUUCCUGAUGGGUGUGGAAUAUGAGAACGAGACUGUGCUUGACCCCAACACACGCCAGUGCAAGCACACACGCUACGCCAUCGACUCCGGGCUUCUCCACACCACCAUCUGGGUGUCGACCGCUUACUUCUUCUGCCCCAUGUUUUGUCUGCUUUGUCUGUAUGGGGCAAUCGGACGCAAGUUGUGGAAGAGCCGUCAUGAGCUUCAUGGGCCUAACGCAGAGGCCAGACAGAGGGUUCACCGACAGACUGUUAAGAUCCUGGCUGUUGUUGUGUUGGUGUUUGCCGUCUGCUGGCUGCCCUACCACAUCGGCCGAUUCCUCUUCACACACGUGGAUGACUAUCACUCCGCCCGCCUCAGUCAGGAUUUUAAUGUGGCUUCCAUGGUCCUGUUUUACUUCAGUGCCUCAGUUAACCCGGUUCUCUACAACCUCAUGUCCAACAAGUACCGCUCGGCCGUCAUACGCCUCUUCGUGUUGCCGCGCAUACUCCACCACAGGCCCGACCAGAGGCACCUUUCAUCUCGCGAUGACAUCACCGCCUGCACGGAGACUUUCACCGGGGUGAAAGAGACCAUCGUCUCUACUGUAUCUCAUUAAAUUACGACUGAAAAGGAUAGUGGAAACAUGUUACACAGAACAACGUGUCAGUUGUGUAGCUCUCGUGGUUAAUAUCGAGACAAAAAUUAAUAAUUCACUGUUUUCAGUUGGCAGGUUUUACACAAAUUUACCUGUUAAUACAUGUGGCUGACUGCUUUGGUGGUAGGCUACAGUAAUAAAUGAACAUGUUUUUGCAUAUUAUGCAAUAUCUUAUAUGAAUUUUUGUGUAAACAUACUCAGUUAAGUGGAUUUUUAUUGCCAUUUUGGUGGAUUAUGUUUUAUUUUACCUAACACAAGGGCAUAAUAUGUGGCCCAAACAAAGAAUCAAUUACUUUUGAGUUGAUUUAAUUGAAUAUGGUUUGCAACAAGGUACACGCUAUUUAUUGCGUCUCAAAUGAAUAAUUACAAAUUCAAGUGAGUGUGAGACUUAAAAUAAAUAAGUGUUUAAAUACUUCAGUUAAACUUCAAAACAUCUCAUGUUUGAUGUCUUGAAAUUCAGCAAAACCCACUGAGCUGAAAGGAACUAGACAAAAGAAAUGCAGAAAGUUAAAAAGUUUAGGAUCACUUGAAAAAAAUGUUAUUCAUUGUUCUUAAAAAGUCCAGGUGUUUUUUCACUGCAUUUGCGUGAUGAAUGUUAUAUAUAACUGCGGAAAAAACGCAGGUUUUGGAGAUCAUUUGAAACUGAUAUAUGGAGCCGUCCCAGCACUAAAAGAUGCUGGACAUGAACCGCAUGUGGUGAGUAAAACUGAUGUGUGUGUUUUGUUGUCAAUGAGUGGGUACGUGCUUUGGUUCAGCCUGCCCCUCCCCCCCGCACAUGCGCUGUAUGUUUUCGGAAUCGAUCGUAAAGCUGUAUGUAUCUUUUAUAAAUGUGAUCGAACUAAAUACUCUUCGAAGAUACGAAGUAUGCCAUACUACUCUAUAGGUACUCAAGAUUAAUAUGAGAUUGGCAGAAACCCUGUGUGUUACGCCCGCUUUAAGAAUGAAGCGAAAGUCAUCCUAUGACAAUUUAGAGGCUCUCUCUCUCUUGAACUGAUAGGUCGAGUGCUGUGAUCUCUGAUAGCGGACCAGCAGAGUAAAUUAUCUGCUCCUUCUCCUUCCGAAAAAAAAAUUUGUGCCAACAUAUUACUUUAUUUGAUUAGAAAGCCUAAUUUUAAUUCAAAAAAUAUUUUUGAAAUGGAUUAUUUGGAUCAAAUAAUAAAUAAAAAGCAGUAUAUAAGAGUCCAGCAUAUGAACAUUUCUUCAGUAUAAAAAGCUUCCCAUAUUGAGACCUCAAGAAGCUGAAUGAUUAAAUCCAAAGUGUACGAUUAAAGGGUGGCUACUUUAAAGAUGCUAAAAUAUAACGGAGUUCAUUUAUAUUGGAUGCUUUUAGUCACAGCAUAAUACCCACAGCUAUUCGUGUUAUUUCUGUGUUUUGAUGGGUUUAACAUUAUUCUAGACUAUGCGAAAAUAUAAAUAAGGAAUGAUCCUAAACCUUUGACCGUAUAAAUCGGGUUAAUGUUGUUUUGUGAUGCACAUGAGCCAUAUAGGCCUACAUGAGAUGAGGCUGUACAUGCACACGUCUUCAUUUCUAGGAAGACUAUUGUAUUACACAGGCUCUUAGGCUACAUUAUGUCUCAUAGGAACCACAAUCCAAAUCUUUAAAUUCAAAUGAAACCUGUUUACCAUCACAAAAGCCCUCUUUACAUCAUUACUGCUGAGUUAUGUUAUGUUACAUAAUCUUGUAAUGUGACCCUUGAAUAAUGAUGAAAUUAUUCAAUUGUGUCCGAUUGCUUGUCUUUUACUUUGUAUUUUGUCUUGUUUAUUGUGAUAAUAUAUAGGAUGGUAAAAUCAUUAGGUAUUAUUAUAUUAUUCUUAAUCUGUUAUUCUUUCAAAGAUUGCUUACAUUCUCACUCUUCUUCAUAUGUUUUGUGUAUUAUGAUGUGCAACUGUAGUAUUAACAGCACUGACAGCAAGCCUGUCUUACGAAGCCUGUCUUGAAAAACAAAGGGGUUCAUUUUAAUUGUAGCUAUUUUACAAUAGCCUAUUUCGUGCAAACCUAAAAGACUUAAACUGGUGUAAUCUGUUAUCUACUUCCAUUUUUCUGGGGUUUCUUUUGAACAUAUGUAUUUUUAGUUGCCUUAUUAACUAACUUUAUCAAAAGAAAAGAGUUCCUUCAACAGGAACAAAAAAGUGUGUUAAGACAACUUAACAAAAUCUGCAUUGACUAUUUUCACAAUUGUGUAGAACUCACAAUCUGACGUGAUACAGUAUACAGUCUUGUCUUAAUACAAGCUGCUGAAUCACACAUUAAACACAAAGCUGUAAAAUGGUGUUAUCUACAA